GCCCAGCGCUUCCGCCCGGCCCUCGGUGCUGUGGGCGGAAGCGGCGGAGCGGCCGCGGCCCGAGGCGGGUCUUGGGGGCUUGUGUGAGGGCGAGGGCUCCUGGCGGACGUCCUCGCUGGCGGCGGUGCCAUGUCGGCGCUCCCGAGGAGCUACAACCCGUUCGCGGAGGACGAGGAGGAGGAUGUGGCGCCGGCGGGUCCCGGCGGCGCGGGCGGCGCGGACCGGCAGCGGUACCUGCAGCAGGAGGUGCUGCGCCGCUCCGCCGCCACCGCCGACAGCACCACCCGCUCCCUGUCGCUUCUCUACGAGUCCGAGCGCAUCGGCGUGGCCGCCUCCGAGGAGCUCGUCCGGCAGGGGGAGGCUCUGAGGCGCACGGAGCAGAUGGUGGAUAAAAUGGACCAGGACUUGAAAACGAGUCAAAGGCACAUCAACAGCAUCAAGAGUGUUUGGGGGGGCUUGGUGAACUACUUCAAAGCCAAACCUCCAGAGAGCAAGCCAGAGCAGAAUGGAGCCCCUGAAUAUUGUGCUAACAGCAGGUUAAAAGAAGCAAUGAUGUCUAGUAAAGAACAAGAGUCAAAAUACCAGGAAAGCCAUCCAAAUUUAAGGAAGCUUGAUAAUUCAGAUGAUGAUUUCAACAAAGCAGAUUUAGUUUCCUCAGUGCAAAAGGAUGCCUACCCAAAGAACCAACAACUGCGAGCUUACCACCAGAAGAUUGAUACCAACUUAGAUGAGAUGUCCUCUGGGCUGAGUCGCCUGAAAAGCCUUGCUCUUGGCCUGCAGACUGAAAUAGAAGAGCAGGAUGAUAUGUUGGAUCGGCUCACAAAGAAAGUAGAGACACUGGAUGUCAACAUUAAAAACACUGACAGGAAAGUCCGACAACUUUAAAGGAUUUUUAGAGUUUCUUUUGUGCAGUGUUGGUUCAUCCUGAAUGCCUCAUCUCAACCGAUCUCAUAAAGAAAAUCUUGGGCGGUAUCUGUUUCUCUUUUUUCUGCUAUGUUACUGGUUUUGUUGUCAUUAAAAUUAUAUGGUCUUAAGUCAGCACAAUACUUUACAUGUCCUCCUAGUCUACGUGGGAAGAGUGCAUGUGGAGUAAAAUCUGUCUGUGUUGGGUGAGGAUGCCCCUCUCAGUUGUGUAACUGCGCCGUGUGCGCGGGGAAUUCGCGCUCCACAAAGCUGCAGUGUCCUUGGCCGGGAGCUGGGAUGAGAAAGGGAACGGCAUUUUCGGGAGGAGGCGGGGGGAACAGGAUGUGCUGCUUUGUUCAGAACAAAUGUUGCUAAUUCUGUUUACCUACAGAUAUGUUAAAUUCAGAAAAAAAUGAUUUCCAGCUGUAAAAAUAUUUUAAGUGACUGUUCUGUGGCAUUUCUGGGGCUUAAGGAAUGAACUGUUCUGUGGAAGGCGUGAAAUAUCAAGGGUGUCAUGCAGUAAUGGUAAUAUCCUGUGUGUGCUCCCUUUCCUAAGAUGAAUUUGCCCAAAUGGUGCAUCCACAAAUUGUGGUUUUUAUGUUUGGGUAACUAAACAUUGCUGCCUUUACAGUCUUGUCAGUAAAGAUCUCUAAGGGUAUCUUAUGGUCUGUGAGAAAUGUUCAUUGACAGUGACACAAAAAGUUUGGAUAACAAAAUCAGAACUUAAAUGUAUGUGCUCUUAAAGAUUCUUUUGCAGAAAUGGUCACCAUCUGUUUUCAAUUUUCUGCUCUUUCUCAGCUUAUUCAUUCAGGUGGUUAUUUGGAAAAACAGCUUCCAUUUUAGAAAUGGAGAGUUGCUGUGAUAGUGCACAGAUUGUAGAAGAUUGUUCUUUAGCAUUGAUUUCAGAUGUGAUUACAGAAGGAGCAGAUGCUGUGCUUUGCUAAGUAAUGUGACUGUUAGGAAACUCCACUAUGGUUCACAUGCAUCUGCCUUGGCUUAGCAGGUAUGAAUAGUUCCUGCAAAUGAACAAAAGCCCAAAACCAUUUUUGAGUCUUCCAGAUAGAAUUUGGGCCUUGCACUUUGUUUUGUUCUUUUGUAAGGGUCACUGUAGAACAAAAUGAUCACAAUUCUGCUCCAGCCUGAAGAUGUGACAGGGAGAACUUGCUGUCUGUGUUGAAAACGAGCAAGGUACUCCUGUCUGGAGAGGCCAAGGGACCUGUGUCAGUAUUGAAACAUCACCAGUGACAGUGAAUGGCAAGGAAGAGAUUGUUACUUCUUUGGAACUAAUGCCACACUGCCUUAUGAACUAAAGAAGGAAUUUGGUGUUCUGGGCUAUCAAGUUUGUCCCCUUCAUGGAUGUCCCAUUUGCACCUCCCUAGUUCCUUUUUCAAGGAGUUUGUUACCUUGAGCUCACUCGGCACAAGGUGCAUCCAGUUGUUAAGAGAAAUGGAGCCGUUCUUAUUUCACUGUGUCUCCAGAAAGUUCACCUGUAGGAAAAUCAAUCACUAAAAAAGUUACUCUUAUUGGACAUAGUAUUAUGGAAAAAAUACUAUUUCUGGCAUACUGGCAGGGUUGAGUUGUGAAUUAGAUUUAAGGUGAGCCUCUGUUUCCUUUGUUACUGAUGGCAUUGAUUUAAGUCCUCCCCAAAAAAAUCUCUUUUGGAGGGACAUAAAACGUCAAGAGCAAUUGAGUACCUUUAAUUGCUUGUUAAUUUUUCAGUUUGUAUCAUUUAUGCACAUUAAGAAUUAUAACUAGUCUGUUAAUUUUAAUAUAUCAUUUUACUAUUUGGGUUUAUACCAUGAUUAAUUAUCUCACUCUGUCUGUUAGAAUAUUUAUUAAUUAUAUGAUUUGAUGUCUCAAGAAAGUUGAUACAUUUAUUUAGUAAAUUAUACAGUUGUUAGUAUUCAUAUGUUAAGUACCUCAGUGAAGGAAGAUCAAAUUUUUGAUUACACCUGGAUUAGUUUCUUAUUUGUGUUAAUAACACUCCUUUUAGUGUGAAAUCUGCCUUCGCCUGUAAGCAACCAUGUCACAGCUCAGUGUUUGCUGAAGUAAAAGGAUGGACACUGAGACUUUCUUGACUGAGUUAUGGCAAAUGGAGGAAAAAUGUCACUGGAGGAUCGGGUUGUGUUAUGUGUAGUAAGAAUUCUGGAGCUUGAAUCCAAGAAAAAUCUUUGAUUUAAGGGUGAAGUGUGCUGCCUUUCUGAUGUAAGCUAUUCCAUUUUUAGUCAACAUUAUUUCACAAAAUUAACUCAAGUUUUUGAGCAAAUGUUUUGUUCUGUUGGCCUUAUGAAACAUUCAAUGCAUCCUGGAUAUCUUUGAUGCCUUUAAAAACACAGGCAGGGAAGGGGAAUAAAAUAUAAAUCCCUGUUUCUGCUUUGGGAAUAAAAAAUAAAUCCCUGUUUGUGCUUUGAGAACUCUGUGGUCCAAGCAGAGUAGAAACCCAGGAUCUCAGCCAUGUAGAAUUGAUACAGAUGUCUAACUCUUCAUGUCUUCUAAUCCCAUUCACUGCCUCAGUAAUGUAUCCUGCCUUUGCUUAGGUUUUCUUGCUCUAUUUGUUAUUUUUGUUUGGUUUUAAUGGCCUUGUUUUAAAGGAUCAUUUCCCACAUGGGUUUCUUUUGCAGGGGGAAAAAGAUGGUGCCUGGAUAUAAAAGAAUUUCUGCUACAAACCGAAUUGCUUGUCUCUGCUUUCAUAUUGAUUUUUGCAGAUAACAAACUUAAGUCUGACAUGAGGAGACACCACUAUUUUAUAAUAGUGAUGAUGUUUUUUAUCUCUUGGAAUAACUUUCCAUCCUACAGGAAAAGGAAAUUGAAAGGAAAAUAACCACAUGAUUUUAGCUUUUCCAGGAAAUGCCAUUUUGCAUGUAUAAUGAAGGAUUUUCAGUAUCUUUUCUUUCUGUUUCCUGAGAUGGAGUUUUAUUUCUUCUUGGAUACUGUUGAAAAACUUUAACUGUGUAGAGUCCAGGACUUUCAGAAGAAGUUUAAUUUGCACUCACGUGCUAAUUUUUAAUAAAAUAAAUUAUUUUGCCUGCAUAUUUGUGUUGGCAUAUAAGCUGAUGUUCCUGCAGCAAAAUAGCUCUGGUUAAUUUUAUUGGCUUGGUAGAAGUUGAAUAAGGUCAGAAGAAAAUGGCAAAAAAAACCCCAUUUUAAUUAUUCUUUAUAAAAGGCAAUUUGCCAGUUUCUCAAAAAGUUUGCUAAUCAAUUCUGAAGAUAUCUUAAACAUUGGGAAAUAGCAUAUACCCUUCAUGACGCAGACAUAAAAUUCUAAAAGCAGCAAGGAAAAAGAACAGGAAUAACCAGUAUCUGAUGACUAGACUCCUAGGUGUAUUUGGUUUUUGAAUUUCCUGAGCAUUGAAUUAAAUCUUGUAAGAAAUGCUAUGUAGCUGAAUUUUAGUCUGUACACACAGAUUUUUUUGCUGUGCUGAGCUGUAGUGGCCCUUCUGAAAUCGCUGGGGACACGAUGAUGUCAGGGGUUCUUUUAAUGUGUGAAAUUCACCUGAAAUAUUUUGCUGCCUAGUAGUUUUUGUGAAGUGAUGUCAUUUGUUAAAUGGUGAAAUAGAAAAUAUUUUCCAACCAGUCUGCCUUCUGAACAAACAUUUUUGUAGGCAUUUUUACAAGCAUAACAUCAUAUGGAAGAUAUAUGUUGAUUUUUACUUUGAAAUACAUAGGACUUAAUUUUCAAACCACAGGUAGUGAUUAUUUGUGUCUAUGGCUUUUUAAAAUAGAACUUUAAUUCUGUGCCACCCAGGUAUAACACUUUUUGUACAAGUCAAAUUGCAUUAUCUUUUAUUUAAAUGCUCAACUGGACUGUAGCUCAGCAGUUUAAGAAAUUGAAUGGAAUGACAGUCAAUAAAAGGUGCUUAUUAUUAAUGAA